CCCUCGGCAAGGGACCAGAAAACAUAAUACUGCCAAGCUCUUUAACCGUAUUCCUACCUGAAGGAUAUCCGGAUACAGUCUCUAGAGAUUAUAUUUACUAUCAGGGUUGGGAUACAGUUCAAGCGUUUGCAAGCAGUAUUUCUGGAAGUUUGGCUACUGCUGCUGUAUUAGAGGGAGUUGGGGUCGGAGAUGAAACUGCCUCACCCCUGGCAGCUUCCCUGACGUGGUUGAUGAGAGAUGGAACUGGAAUGGUCGGAAGAAUUCUUUUCGCAGCUCGCUGUGGAACGAAAUUAGACUAUGACUGUAAGAAGUGGAGACUGUUUGCUGAUAUUCUGAACGAUGUUGCAAUGUUCAUGGAGAUUAUAACUCCCAGAUUUAGCCGUGAGUUGACCCUACCCGUCCUCUGCCUGGCUAGCUUGUCUCGUAGUAUAGUCGGUGUAGCUGGAGGGGCUACUAAAGCUGCUGUAGCACAGCAUCAGGCGAAGAAUCAUAACAUGGCAGAUUUGUCAGCGAAGGAUGGAUCCCAGGAGACGAUGGUUAACCUUCUAGCUCUGCUGGUCAAUCUCUGGAUGCUCCCGAGGAUAGCGAACUAUCCAGAUCUUGUCAUGCCUCUGUUUUGUGUGCUCACCCUUCUUCACAUCUUCGCUAACUACAAAGCAGUGAGUAGUCUGGAGUUUACGAGUUUGAACGAGGCACGAUUGCGCGCUGUUUUACAGGAAUUCCUCGCCUCCGGUCAACUCCUUUCCGUGGAGGAGGGAAACCUGAGAGAAUCAUUUGGAUUCACUCUCAGAUCUGAGAUAAGAUUUGGAUUAUCUCUAUCAAACCUAAAGACUGAGGAGGAUUUAGAGAAGAUGAGCGCUGCCAUUAAACUCAAGAAAAAAUAUCUUAUUCUCCUGAAACCCGGCCAGGUUUGGGUUUUCCUCUCCACGCACAGUGGGAGCAGAGACGCGUUGCAAGGAUUUCUGACCGGGUUGCUUAGUAUGAAUCCAGGGUGGAGCAAGGUUGAUCCCUCCACUAUAUUGGAGAAACUGGAGAUAAAGGGAUGGUGCACGGAUAGACUUGCAAUACAAACUGAAGGGUUUACCUUCUCAACGUUUACUGAGACAUAAAAAUAUUUAGAUUUUGUUUAAUACAGGGCUACCCAUAAAGAAUGAGACUUUAUGACGACUUGAAAAGACAUUAAAUAAUUUGACAUAGUUAGAAUAGCGAAUAUGAGAAAAAGUCUAAAUAUUUUAAAAGUUUUUGUUUUGUUUUUUGUAAAUAACUCUGUGUUACAUACACUUGUUGUGAUAUUUUACAUUGUUGUUCUUCAGCAUUUAAGUAUUUUUGAUAUAAUCAUGUUUUAGACAACAGUAUUUUGGUGAGUUUGUAAUAAACUUUGUUUUAUACACUGUUCUAUACUUUUCUGUUACUUGAUAAAUAAAAUUGUAAAAUAA